AACUUAUACAAGUACGUGGCUUUAUGACUAUUUUCCUUUUGCUGACCGCAAAGUAGAGGUGGUAAACGAUAAAGGUAAUAACAUAGAGGUUGACAAGUAGGUAAAGAAGGAAAGAAAAUAUUAAAGAUUUAAAAGGCUAAACUCUUAUCUUACAUCAGUUAGACGUGUUUUAUCUUCGAAUUGAAUCUUAUUCAGAGGAAGAACAUAUUGUGAAACAGGAUCUUGAAUAAACAAAAAUGUAUAAGAAAGGAACAAUUCUCGUGUUAGCGUAUUUAUUAAUUGCCACAGCAGUCUGUCAACUAUCUUAUAAAGAAGGUCAUUGUCCAUUAAGAAAUAGUGUUUCAAAAUGCAUUCCUAGAUGUGUUUCCGAUUACCAAUGUUCUUUUAAUGAAAAAUGUUGUCCAAAUAAAUGUGGAAGUGAAUCUUGUGUUCAAGCAAGUCCUAUUAAUACUGGCAAUGGAUAUAAAGGAUCGAACGAUGAUGUUUAUUGCGCUGGAGUAAAAUGUGGGCCAUAUGAAAAAUGUCAAUUUGAUCGUAAAACAAAACGAGAGAAAUGUGUUCGUACAUAGAUGAUUUAUUUAAAUGUAAUAAUAAUAUUAUAUUAAUAAUAUUUUUUUUAUAAAA